AUGUCGUCGAUGGUCAGGCUGUUGAUGACUUCUAUCAAUGAUGCCAAUGGCUUGAAUAUUACCAAAAUAGCUGAUGAAAGCACCGUUUGUCAACGAACUUGGAAGUCGAAUGGAGUCAGUGUGUCAAAACAAUGGGGAACAAAGAAGUUCAAAAGACUGGAGAUCACAAUCGCAGAGCGCUGGAAACAAAAUGGUCAGUGCUGGCAAGUCCUCGACACCAACCUUUUCGGAACGAGUGUCAAGUUGGCAUUCUACUACAACUUUCAGGAUGCUGCCUGGGAGAUUCCCAACCGAAACGUCUACAACCCCAAGGAGCAGCCCCUUGGAUUUGGACUCACCAGUCUAGAGGAUGACAAGUGGCUCGUUCAGCAAAAUGAACGGGGCCACAAGGUAAGCUUUGAGUUUGUAGCCAACGGUAGCAAGGCAGUCGGCAUUCCCAGCGCCAACUCUGGAUCCGUUGCAGCUCCUGGUAAGCUAUCGUCGUCCCGACAUCUAGCUGUUCAAACAUUUCGUAUUUUACCUAAUCCCCAUAUCAGAUGGUUCCUUUCUUCCCACGUAUCCGACAUCCGAGGGUGGAACUUCAACAUUGCCGGAGUUGCCGCUCUCUACUUCUCAGCGAACGGAGGCCGCUCCAAAAUUUCCAGCAACGCCGGCGACUCGGCCCACCACCUCAUCGCCUCCAGCGAUGCCGGUAUAGUCGACGCCUUUAAGUUCAUAACCUACAAGACAUCCAUCACCCCCGCCGUCAUCAAUUUGAACGACACAGACCACUUCCAGGGCACACACGAGAUCAAGAUUGAUAACAGAGGAAACGAGACAGUGGAGUACAACAUUGUUCACGAAGCCGGCUCCACCAUCUCCACUGAGCCCGCUUCCGAUCCCGUGGUCGCGUUCCCUCCGAUCCCGUACUCCUCGAACAAGGGCGAGGUGGCCAUGGUCAAGUUCUCGGCGACUGCACUUGAUGUAGCUCCUGUUACGACUGAAGUUAUGACGGUGACUUUCAUCGAACCUGCCGGUAUUGAUGCGAAGCUUUUCUCGAUCUAUGGCGGAUACAUCAAUAUUAUCGGCUCUCACGACGAGUCUCUACGGGUGACAUACGCUGGUCUCAAAAUUUGGGCCGACGAAUGGAUUAACCCCUUCAUUCAAACCCCUGACUUUGUGCUAAUCCAAGAGAAUGAUACCUUCAAGAUGACUAUCGAAGACACCUUUACCAUUGACUUUGACAUCCUCUGGCCUAGCCGUGAGUUCAGCUUCGAUCUCGUCGAACCCUCUUGGGAGCCCAUAGACUGGCCAUACCCCUUUUACCCGCGUCUGCCCUCGAGUACCUGGUGGCCGAGCGGCAACUUCUCGCACGGCGGUGCGAUCGAGAGCGGCGAGUACAAGAUCCUGUCGAGGGCGCUCCGGACGUAUGGUGAUUACCACAAUAUUAGCGACUGGCAGAUCAGGGUAUCGCCCAGGAUCAUCGUCGACAAGGAUAAGGCUUGA